UAGCAUUUCCGGGUUACGGACGAAGCGCCGAGAGACAGAAGAGGGUGAAUCGUACUUUAUCUCUGACCUGAUUUAUCUGUCAGCUUCGCUCAUACACCGGUGUUGCAGUACAGUGCAGGCACUGCUGCCGCCCAGCCUGGCCAGGAGGGAUGUGGGCGGAACCCAGGGGAAUUCACGUGGACCAGUCGGAGCUGCUGUGCAAAGAUGGCUGCGGUUACUACGGCAACCCCGCGUGGCAGGGCUGCUGCUCCAAGUGCUGGCGAGAGAGGUCUCGCAGGGCGCAGGCCUGCAGGCAGGACAGCAGCCCUAGCCCCGGUGUGGAAGGGGGCUCAGCCAUCACCUUCUCCAAGUUCGAGGAGAAGAAGAGCACAGAAAAGGGGCGACGAGUCAACACCAUGAAGAGGCUUUUCUGGGGCCCUUCUUCCUCUCCGAAGAAACCCAACGAGCCCACAGAGAGCCAGUCUGCUGCCCUAAAGGCGUUUCAGAGCCUCCAGCCCGGAGACUUUACUAAUUUCCUCAAGCUGCUGCGCAAGCCGUUCUCCCAGAGCCUGCAGUCGCGCUGCACGGCCUUCGUCAACACCAUGGAGGCCUACCAUGAUCUGCCGGUACAGAAACAGUCGGAUCUGGUGCAGGAUUUUUAUCAGAGUAUCGCCGGACACUUCAGCAGCCUCUCCGAGGAACAGACGGUGCAGAUGAUGGAGCACAUUGAAAAGCUGAUCAUGACGCGUCUGCACAAGUGGGUGUUCUGCCAUGACAGCUCUGACGAUGAGCAGAAAGACCUGGCCCUGCAGAGGAGGAUCCGAUCUCUCAGCUGGGUGACCCCUCAGAUGCUUCGUGUUCCCAUUAAAGAGGAGAGGUUAGAGGUCAACAGUGACCCCCUCCUGCCUGCAAUCACAGCGAUAAUCGAGAUGGACGCCCGGCGAGCGCCGCAGGACAAGCUGGCCUGCGUCUCCAAGUGCAGCCAGAGUGUCUUCCGGGUGCUGGCCUCCUCCAGCUCGGAGCCGGCGAGCGCCGACGACUUCCUGUCCGGCAUGAUCCUGGUGGUGCUGAAGGCCAACCCGCCCCGGCUGCACUCCAACACGCAGUACAUCACCCGCUUCGGCCUGCCCCACAGCCUCAUGGCCGGGGAGUCCGGCUACUGCUUCACCAACCUGUGCUGCGCUGUGGCCUUCAUCGAGAAGCUGGACGGCCCGGCCCUGAACCUGAGCGCCAAGGAGUUCGAGGGGUACAUGCAGGGCCAGCGCAUGGCCCCGCGGGAGGCGGAGACGGAUUGCGAGGGGCUUCGGAGGGCCAGGAAGAACCGGCAGCUCCUGGCGGAGGUGGCGAGCCGGCAGGAGCAGCUGGCGGAGGGGGCGCAGGCCCUGCAGGCAGACCUGGCGCGGUGGGUGCAGGCGGUGCAGACGCAGGUGGAGGAAGUCCAGGGCAAGGUCCCCCUGAACUUCACAUGCACAGAGCCCCCGAGUCAGAGCUAGCUUCAGGGGCUUGCCUGCCUGGGCGUCUGACGUUCGGGGAACAGCCGUUGCUUCUGGAACUUCAGCCCCAGGUAUUACUUUGGUAAAAUGGGUUUACAAAUUACUGGGCUGAAGUUCAAGGCUUUGGUGUUUGAGACCUUAUUGCAACAGUUCUGUGGAAAACAGGAAACCAAGUAACACGGUUUGGUUUCUGCCUUCUGACUCAAGUGUUAGGUUUUGGCGACCAGCCCUUCAGCUGGGACUUUUGCAAACAGCAGUGUUUUAUCUUCAGUCCAUUGCCAAGAACACAGCUGUACCAGGGUGCAGGGUAACUCAAUAGGUUUUCCUCGUGAAGGGCCGGCGCAGGGGGAUGCUUCUCUGUGGUGGAUUGGGCAGGCCUGAGGGGUCCUGCUACUCUAGGGUAGCACUGUUCAGUAAACUCAGAGAGGUCUCAUUGACAAAUUUGUUUUCUCAGAGGCUGCAUUUACUGCACGUUGAACAUGUUUUAAUUAGGAAAGUGUCAGCUGUGAGGUACCAGUAGUUCAUUCUACAGUUGUACCUGCCUGCUUGCUUUCUCUGUGACACACCAAUAAAGAUGAGUAUUUUGUUUUCUACUUAGUUAUGAAUAUUUAAGUGCUGGAAGUCUUAAGCAAUACUUAAGAGUGGUUACUUCUCAGGUACCUACAUCUUUGCACCUUUUUUCAUUUUUCCCUUAAUUAUUGUCAGUUGAAUCCUACGUGAUCUUAGCCGCAUAUUUAUUGUUUUUGUUUGUCGACUGUGAAGCACAGAAGUCUUUUGGCUGCUUAACCUAAACUGGCCUUUAAAUAAUCAGAAUUGCUUCAUUCCCAGGGCAGAGGGGAAGUAAAACAUGCGCUGUAAAAGCAGAGUUGCUUUGUAAACCCAGGUAAUUGUACUGGUGCAACAAUUUCUAGAUCUUUUGGAGUUAUAGAGACAAGGGGAGUGGGUGUAGAAAAAAAACCCUCUUUCAGCAGCAGUCUGAUACGUGUAGUGAAGUGCCAUAUUUAUACAACGCAGAGCUUUAAAGUGCAGUAUUCAAGAACUGUUAUUUGAUUGUAACCCAAAAUAACCAAUGCUUCCCUCUUGUGGUGGAAUGCAAGUAUUACAGCACUCAAGUAAAACUAAGAGACAGGUCUGUAAUUUAAGGAACAGCUAAUCAAUUCUGCUAGUCUCAUUUCAGCAGCCUCUUUCUUGUACUUUUUAAAAUGAAUCAGGGUGCUCAAUAGAAGAACAUGUCUAAAUUAUAUAGUUUGUAGUGGAGUAGAGAAAGUUUUAAACUUCUGAUUUUUUUUUGUCUUUCCUCAAGCGCCUUUGCGUAUAAAUAAUGAAGUCAGGACCUUCCACCUCAGUGCCUUUUCUUAUGAAGCUGGUAUUGGUAUUAGACUGUGAUGUCCUGUUAAAGUCUGUCUCUGAGUGUUAGCUCUGUGCUAUGGGUGUUCCUUAACUUUAUCCCACGUGUGUACUCAAGUUAUGUAACUUAACAGGCCCGACCGUGGGUGUGAAAAUGAUUAUUUAAUAAUUUGGUAAGCGAUCAGAGGACAAUCGCCUACCCCACCUAUGGGUCCCAGACUCUGGGGUCUCAAGAGGCUCUGGAAUAAAUGUAAUGUUCUCGUGAAAACAGCCACUAUCUCAACCCAAAUUCAUGACGAUAGAGUGCUUGGCAGCACUGCCUGAAAACAUACAGUAACUUCAGGUAGCUGGGACUCUAGCAACUAUGAAAUCUAGAAAGGAAAGCAGUGCAUCACAACCCUUGUAACCAUAGUGGUACAAGAACAAAUAACUAUUAACCAACUACUUGUAUUUUGGAACAAGUUACAGUGUAAGCGUACUAGUGCUUUCUGAAUUAAUCUCCAGCUGCCGCAGGAUGUUGUGUGCAGUUUCAGCAGGGCUAAAAAAUGAGGAGGUAUACGGAAGAUACUCGUGCAACUUUCUGGGGGGGUGGGGGGUGGGUGAAGUGGGUUCACAAUGAUUGUGUUCAGUAAACAAAGCCUCUAGCACAAGUCCUUGUGUUGUGUACAAGCAGUCUGUGUAGUGCUUGUGAUGUUUACUGGUGACAUGAAGUUUUGAAUAAAGCACAUGAAGAACCGAUAUGAAUAUGCAUUAACAAUAAAUUCUUAUUCUCUCGUGCCGUGUCUUUUGGAAUUGUCACCCUAUACUUUAAAAUGCUUGAAUCAAAUAAUAGAAAUACCUGUGCCUCUGAACUUUUUUUCAUGCACAUUUGAACUGUUUCACCAUAUUUAGUUUAUGCUGUUAAAUGUUUUUUUUGUUUUCAUCCCUUUAAUAAUCAUUCUAAAUUGAGUUAUGUUCUCAACUUGUUUCAGUACAUUCCAUGUCUUGAACAUGUUUGCACAUGGAUAGAAGCUCCUUUCUGUUCCUUCUACAGUAGUUUUACAUGUGCAUUUCAUAUCCAGAAACAGAAUUACUGAAAAUGUAAAGACUACUGUGCGCAGGACACAUGCCCUAUGAUUUUGUUUUCAGAGCUGUAAUUAAGAUUUGUAAGCUGCAUAAUCACUUGUAAAAUAGAAACAGGUUCCUGCCAACCCUGAAGCUAUCUAAAAUACCUCUGGUGCUCUGGCAGUCACCUUUCCUUUCUCAUAAAAACUAAAGCCUAUUUUUAUCCAAUAAAAUAUCUUCUCAAAAUGUA